AUGGAUGUGCCCCAACCACCGCUAAGUACUCCGUGGCGCAGCCCUGUACGGCCGCCUGCAUACGGUUUGUCGCCCGUGUCGCCGCUGCAGCUUGAGCCCGCGCCGCAAGACGUGCCGCAGCCCGUGCCGGAAAAGUCAGUGUACGGCGCGCCGCUUCCUCAGACCCCUGCACAAUACCAGCACGCGGUCCCUUUAGUGUCGCCCGAUACGUCUCUCGCGGCCUCGCCCCGCGGCUACGAUCGGACGGAGCAGGUUGGCCUGGGCGAGCUCGCAACGCCUCGCUGGACAGCCGACGACCGACGCAGCGUGCCUGCGUCUGUGAAUUCGUCGCCGCUGCAAACCCGCCUUCCCCCAUCUUCGCCCGCCCAGUCGGUUCCCUACGACUAUGCUCGCUCGCCUGGUGCCGCUUCUGCGUCGCAGCAACAGGCAGCACGCCAGGCGCGUGCUAUGGCCUACACUGUGAGCGGCAGCAACACGAUCACCCGCAGCGAGACGCGCGACACGAUGCCCUCUUUUACAUCGGUGCAGCAGCUUGGCGCGCUGCACGUUCCCACUCCCGACACCAAUCGCGACGCGGGAACGACCAGCUCGACUUCGCGGCGCGCCUCGAUGCUCCCUGUGAGUGCAUCGAUCAGCGCGCUGGACAAGCAGCAAAACCAAAGCACAGGCACGCGGACAUACCGUAACCCCCCCACACCCAGCGACGCUCCUUCAAAGCACCGAAUCUCGUCGGGCUCCUUCUUGCCGAGUUUCUUGCGUGGGGGCCGCGGGUUUCUUGGCUUUGGCACCGCCGACGUCUCGCGCAAGCUUGACGGUUUCAGCGUCUCUCCACGGAAUACCCACACGGCACACGAAGAAACAGCGGACCAAAGCACACAGUCGCUGCCUGCGCGCAUGCUAUUUCCCCAGGACACAUCCCAGGGCAUGCCUGGCGGCCUGCCACUUGCCGACGAAGAUCCAUUCCAGCCCACUCCCAAGACGGUGCACCCCGACACUGGCUCCCUUGCGUCUGCUGGGUCGCGCGUGCCGAGCACAGGGCAGAGCUCGUCGCAAUGGUCGCUCGUCGCAGAGAACCAUGAUACCACACGUGCGAAUGCAGCAAAUGCUCGCAGCGACGCUGUAGACGCGUCGGAACGAGCCUCCCUCAGCACCAAGCCAUCCCCGACCGCGCUUUCCACUCCUUCACGCAAAAACUCGGCGCGCUCGGCGCGCUCGCGUACCUUUCGCCAGUCCAUGCACGAGAAGCGCGACGAGGACGACGACAGCGGCAGUCUUGCCGGCCGUCUUUCGCGCCGAUCGCUCGGCGCCAUAGGCAAUCUGUUCAAGUCCAGCCCCAAACGCGCCGAACGUGCGAGUGGCGAGCACGACGACGAGCUGGAAAAGCCCAAGUCGCGCUCACGCCUUUCUUUUUCGCGCUGGCGCCGACAGAGUGUCUCGGGCAAAUCGGUGCACGACGCUCCGGCGAUGCCCACCGCGCCUUCCCUGCCGCCCAAAAGCACACUGCGCGAGGAAAACAAGGAUGCGGUCCCGCCGAUGCGCGCGGACCGCGAGGAACCCUCGGCGUACUACGCCGCCAAAGCGCAAGGCAGCAGAAUCCCGCGGCCCUCGUCCAUGAUGCGCCUCCUCUCUAGUAAACCGGGCGAUACGGGCGAAACGCGCGCUCGCCAAACGCCUUCAAGGCUCCCCCAGAGCAUUUCCAUGCACACUGUCCGCUCUGACUCGCAGUCUACCCGGAUUCCAAGCACGCCGAGCUACAGCUAUGGAAUCUCUUCGCGUGCCUCUUCUAUCGCCGAGUCGGAGAAGCGCGCCGAGACUGCGUCGAAGCAGCGCCGCUCGCCGGCCAAGCGCGAGGAGCUGAAGCCAACCAAAGUGCGGACCUUGCGCCGCGCACAAAACAUGGAGGCUACCGAUGCGUUGCAGCGGCAGCGAGCGCUGCAGGCAUCCACGCCGUCCCGCGUCUACACACGCAAAGCUGCACUCGUAGCCGAGACCAGCACGCCGAGUGGCCUACCCCGCUCCGUCAGCCGUCAGUCGCAGCUGCGCGCGCCGAGCGUUGCAAGUGUUCCGCUCGCGACUGUCCGUGCGCAUGAUGCGUCUACUGGCGAUGCCGAGAUCGAGCGUCAUAUCCAGCGUGUCCAGCAACGCAAGCUUGCUGGCGGUAUGAGCCAGGCAGACCUCGACAAGCAGCUCGAGUACCCUGCGCCUGUUGCGCCGAGCAAGCGUCUCUCUGCACGCCAAGCCGAAGUGAUUUACGGCAACCAUUUGUGUCCGUAUGAGCUGCAAGAGCUGCACGAAUACGAAUCGAUCUACUAUGUCGGCUCUUUUGCGCGGCACAAGCACUAUGCCGUCCCGGACAAGCCCGAUCGCAACUACGGCUACGACGACGAGCGCGGCGACUACGAAUUGAACUUGCGCGAUCAUCUCGCCUUCCGCUACGAGAUUGUCAAGCUGCUUGGCCGCGGCUCCUUUGGCCAAGUGCUCCAGUGCAAGGACCACAAAACUGGACACCACGUCGCAGUCAAGCUGAUCCGUAACAAGCGCCGCUUCCACAAGCAAGCGCUGGUCGAAGUAAAUAUCAUGGAGCAUCUUACCCGAGGCGAUCCCAACGACGAGCACAAUGUUGUCCACAUGUCCGACUCGUUCACCUUCCGCGGCCACCUGUGCGUUACCAUGGAGCUGCUUGGCAUCAAUUUGUACGAGCUCAUCAAGGCGAAUAGCUUUGAAGGCUUCUCGUGCCAGCUGAUCCGCCGCUUCGCCUCGCAGACCCUUGCGUGCCUUGCACUGAUGCAGAGCAUGAACAUUGUCCACUGCGACCUGAAACCGGAAAAUAUCUUGCUCACACAUCCACGCAAAAGUGGGAUCAAGGUGAUUGACUAUGGGUCCAGCUGCUUUGAGAACGGCAAAGUCUACACGUACAUUCAGAGUCGGUUUUACCGCUCGCCAGAAGUGAUCCUCGGGAUGGACUACACAGUGGCGAUCGAUAUGUGGUCUCUCGGCUGUAUUCUCGCCGAACUGCACACGGGCUACCCAAUAUUUCCGGGCGAAAACGAGCAGGACCAAUUGGCAUGCAUAAUGGAGGUUCUGGGCAUGCCGGAUCGGCACCUGCUCGAGCAAUGCUCGCGCCGCAAGUUGUUUUUCGACAGCACCGGCACGCCGAGGCCCGUCGUGAAUUCCAGAGGGCACCGGCGCCGGCCCAACUCGAAAUCGCUAGCGCAGGCUGUGCGUUCCAACAACGAUCUAUUUCUCGACUUCAUCGCACGGUGCCUCAUCUGGGAUCCAGAACGGCGGCUCAAGGCGGAUGCUGCCUUACGGCAUCCAUGGUUCACGUACCAGAUGGAGUCGGCUUUGCCGAGGCCUGCACGGCGCCCAAAGCCAGUGCAGACGGAGGGUGGGCCGUCUUUGCUUCCGCGUGCGGCAGCAACAAAGACGGCGACGACUGCGCCAUAG